AGGUAUGGUGCAUCUCAUUGUGUGGGCAAAUGAAAUAGUGACACAUGGAAAUAGUGGGACAUGAAAUAGUGUCAUUAAUGAAUUGACUUGGAAUGCUAUUUGGUGAGAAAGGCAAAUGUAUGGUACACUCCAAAUUUGAAGAGGUACUAUAGAAAUCUCCUUGAAUUGAUUUGGGUACGUUUAAAUACGAGUACCUCCAAAACCCUGCAGAACGAAGUUUGAGAUUACUCUGUGCGCAGGCUGAAGAGUAGGGUUUAUCUAUCCCGCGGCAGAGAAGAACUACCAGAAUGGUGGCAGCGCCAAUUGAAUCCGUUCAAUGCUUCGGUCGUAAAAAGACGGCGGUUGCCGUUACUCACUGCAAACGCGGCCGUGGACUAAUCAAGAUCAACGGCUAUCCAAUCGAGUUGAUCCAGCCGGAGAUACUCCGUUACAAGGCUCUCGAGCCCAUUCUCCUCCUAGGACGGAACCGUUUCGCCGGGGUUGACAUGCGCAUCCGCAUCACAGGCGGAGGUCAAACUUCCCAGAUCUACGCCAUUCGGCAAUCAAUUUCAAAAGCGCUCGUCUCAUUCUACCAGAAGUACGUGGAUGAGCAAUCGAAGAAGGAGAUCAAGGAUAUCCUUGUUCGCUAUGACAGAACAUUGCUUGUGGCUGAUCCAAGGCGAUCUGAGCCGAAGAAGGCUGGAGGUCCCGGUGCUCGUGCAAGGUUCCAGAAAUCAUACCGUUGAUCGCUCAUGAGUUCUUCUUCCGACGACAGUAUUGACAUUUUUUAAGAUUGAAUUUGAUAGGAUUACUCUGCUUCUUAAAUAGUUACACUUUCCCUGUAAAACUACUUAGAGAGGAUAUGUUUUGAUCGACAUUGACACUUCUAUGUGAGUUAAUUAAGUUUUUUUAGUAAUGCGGGUUAAUUAGAUAGGUUAAGAAGACUCGUUUUUAAUAAAAAGUUAAAGUUUGCUUUUUUA